AUGGAAAAGGAAAAACUUACUCCUAGAAAAAUAACGAAAUUACUGGACAGUGACAGUGACGAUGAUGAAGGUCCAACAGACUUGAGUGCAGAAAGUGAGGUGUUUGAUUCAGAUAAAGACCCAGACUUAAGACCUAUUAAUGAAGACAGAAGAAUUUACCAAUCUUCCAGACUAUUUGAACUUAAGUACCAAAGACAGUUAGAACCAGAUCAAAUAGCUGGUUCAUCAACAGGCGCAGUAGAAUAUGAAUCAGAUGAAUAUUCAGAACCUACUACUAAAAAGCAAAUAGAAAACCAGGAAGAUGUAAAACCUUCUUCACGGUUACAUAAAUGGACUCCUACAACUCCUGAGGAAAUGCGCAAGUUUGUGGCUUUAGUUGGAUACAUGGGCCUGGUAAAAUAUCUAUCUUUACAGGAUUACUGGAGUAAAAGCCCUUUGUAUGAUAACACUUUGGUGAGAAAUGCUAUGAGUCGCAACCGAUUUGAAAUACUCUUGAGAAUGUGGCACUUUGCAGACUACUAUGAAAAAGGGAACAACCGACUUCAUAAGAUUGAAAAUCUCAUGAAUAUGUGUAUUGAACGGUUUAAAGAAGCUUACACACCUGGAAACAAGAUUUGUGUGGACGAAAGUAUGAUUGCAUGGAAAGGCCGCCUGGUUUUUCGCCAAUACAACCCUAGGAAACGUCAUCGAUAUGGAAUAAAACUGUAUAAACUAUGUGCUAGCAAAGAGAACACAUGGACUUUCUCUGUGUACAUAGGUCAGGACAGAUCAGAGAAUGACUGGAGCACUUCAGAAAAUGUAAUCUGCAAACUCUUAGGUGGAUUACUUGAUAAUGGCACAACUCCAGCACCAGGAGGUUUGAUGGGAGAGGGUCGAACUCUUAUCACUGACAACUGGUACACCAGUGUACCACUCGUUGUAGGACUCUUGGAGCACAAAGCUCACCUAAUUGGCACUGUUAGGAUUGAUCGGAAGUACUUACCCCCAGAAGUGUCAACCAAACUGAAGAAAACACAUGGUGAUUCUGUUAUAAGAGAAACAGCAGAAGGUAUUGUCUUUUUGAAAUGGAAGGACAAACGGGAUGUACCCCUGCUAUCUACUGUGCAUACCAAUGAAUAUGUAGAAGUUACUUCAAAAAGAGGCAAAGUUACACAAAAACCAAAAGAUGUUAUGCUCUACAAUGAAGAAAAGUUUUCUAUAGACAUGAGUGACCAAAUGGCUACUUACGGCACUGCAUUGCGUCGAGGAACAAAGUGGUACAGAAAACUAGCUGUCGAAAUUGUGUGGGGAAUGGUUGUAGUAAAUGCACAUUUUCUUUAUGUAGAAAAUUCAGGUACCAAAAUGCCGAUCAAGAAAUUUAGGGAAAGUAUUAUUUUGUCUUUGCUAAAGUACGAGGUGGAGACACCUAGAAGAUCGGUUGGUCGGCCUACUCAUCGUUUGAUCGAUUGCUUGAGAGGGGAUCCUCCAAAAAAAACGAGGGGGAGGUGCCGAAGCUGCUACGAGGCCAAAGGAAGAUCAGGUGUACAGGGCCCUGAUGGGAAAAUAUCAAAGGCAAAGCAGGUCUUUACGAUUUGUGAUACCUGUGAAGGUAGACCAUUUAUGUGCCGGACUUGCUUUAACAAUCAUGUGUAA